UGUAGUCAGUUUUAUUCACGCUCACUAGUGAAAAUGAUGAUAGAUCAGAUAGAUUCUAAAUCUAGACUCUCAACUAGAUUAGAUUUAGAUAUAUCUAAUUGUGUUUACUGUUCAAAACUGUCUACAUCAUGAAAAUGAUCAUAUAGACUUACAGACAAUAUAGUGUGAUAUUUCAUCAGCAGACUUUAGAUAACUUCUAUAGAAUAUAAUGGAAUUAAUUCUAAAAUCGUUGUAUUAUCUGGACUUAACUUUUUAACACUCGAAAAUAAAUCUAAUAUGAUAUUGAAUAAUUCAAAGUUGGCUUUAUUGAAUUUGCGUACUUCCUUCAUGACAUUAACUUGUGAAAUUAUUCAUUCACUGAUGACUAUAAAAUCUCAAAUGUAUGAUUUGAGAGAAAUUAUUAUUAUUUUCACUUGGACCUCUGUGUUCUUACUAUGUGAUUCUCUUCAUGAUUCAACAUCAACACAGCUCAAUUUAAUCGAUCAUGACUUUCAUCAGAAUGUCAAUAGGCCUACAACUAACAAUCAUAUCGAGGAAAACUCUCUGACCAGUUAUCCCAAAAGUAAAAUGUUGCAGCCGUAUUCAAAAUACGGAUAUGCAGAUUUAUACAAACCUAUCAGAAUUUUACCAUUUUACAGUUUUGAUGAACAGUUACUACCUGAAGAGAAAGAAGCUUUACAAAGAGUUAUAGAAAAAGCAGUGAGGAAAAUUUCCAAGCUAUUGUCAGUGAUCAGAUUAACAAGCCCUCUACUUUUACCCCGUAGUGAAUGUCCAGCUAUCUUUGGUGUUGGUAUCAAUAAAGGAAAAUGUGCGAGAAUUCCAAAGGGCUAUAAUGGUGAAAUCUGUUUGGAUAAUUUUAAGAUUCCCAAUGCACACCUUCAAAGUUUCAUUAUUUACAACAAGACCAGUCCUGAGCCUAUCUAUGUGUAUAGAGAUGGUCAAGGUAUCCAGAAUGUCGAUUAUGUCCUGUAUGUGACAUCACAGACAACUGAAUACUGCAAUCCCUAUAAAGCAUCUGCUAUUGCUUAUGCCUCAGCCUGUCAAUUAGAUGGUGUGGAUCGACCUUUAGCUGGUCAGGUCAACUUUUGCCCUAGAACUGUCAAAGCUCAGAAGUUUGAUCAGGAAGUUCUCUACAAGGCUGCCUUGCAUGAAUUGUUCCAUGCCCUUGGGUUUUCUAACAGACUGUAUGAGAAGUUUAAACAAUGUGAUGAAGAGAACAACUGUAAGCUAUGGCCACAGCCAAUAUUAAAACAGUCAUCGGAUGGUGUCUUGAGACUUGUUACUGAUGCAGUGGUCAGAGAAAUGAGACGGCACUUUAAUUGCACAAAACAAGACUUUGGUGGACCCAUUGAACCUUUGUCUUCAUCACACUGGGACUCACAGUUCUUACAUAGUUCUAUCAUGACUUCUAAAGAACAGAAGCCCUAUCAAGCUCUAAUAGAUCCUAUCACUCUGGCUUUGUUUGAAGAUAGUGGUUGGUACAAAGUCAACUACUCACAGGCUGACAAGUUUAUUUGGGGCAAGGAUAAAGGGUGCUCAUUUGGUUUAAAAACACUUUGUGAAAGUCAAGCAGGAUUCUGUGUUGGCAAUAUCACAGGUUGUCACCAUCUACAUCUAAGUAAAGCCAGGUGUAACUCAGUGAACUCAAGUUGUGGUGUCUUUGCAGCUGAUCAGAAACCCUGCUUUAUGAAUUCUAUAAAUAGUUCUAUGACAGAGGAUGAAAUUUAUUCUCCAUCAAGUCGCUGUUUUCUUUCUUCCUUGACCUCAUUGCUGGAUGAGACUAACCAGGUCCAAGAAAAAACAGGAAGAUGUUAUGAGACAUCUUGUGAAGAGAAAAUGUAUUAUGUUCGUACCAAUGGUAGUGAUUGGCUGCCAUGUCCGCCUGGAACUUAUAUAAAGGUUCCUCAGUUCAAAGGUGAAAUACUGUGUCCAAGCUUUGAAGUAAUUUGUUCGGAAUUUUCUGUACCAGAACCUCCAGUCCAAACACUUUCUCCUUCAGAAGCUGAAGCAUCAGGUGGAGGGCCUUCCCCUUGCAUCACAUCUGAUUGUUUUAGUAGCAUGUUAGUCAGUACAAACGUAGCUGUCAAUAGCAGUGGUAGUGGCAUGCCAGUCAGUACAGAUGGUAGUGGCAUGGUAUCAAAUACAGAUUCAGCUUUACAGUGUCAUUUCUAUUUUUUGUUAUACUUUGUUUAUUGCAAAAUUCUCACAUUUAGCAUAACAUAGCGCUUAUGUUUACAACAUUGUCUUUGUAGAUUGAUUCUUGUUUAUCAAAAUUAAUAAUUUUUUAAGAUAAUAAACACACAUGCAAGUCUUUUUUUUUUUAAAUUUAUUAAUAGACCAACUAAUGCUUAAGAUAAAUCUUUAAAUCACAUUAAAGUUAAUUUAUAACAUUCCCCCCGUGUACUAGCAAGGAGGAUAAAGUAAGAGAUACAUUUUUAAAACUCUUUGUUAUUGUUAUAAUGUUGUUGGAACACAUGCAAAAACACAAGCACACAUAUUUCUAGAGUAUUAUUUUUUACUACACUAUAUAAUUUCAUUGUGUUAUGUUUCUGUAGUGGAUUGUUUAUUCUUUCAUUAACACAUUGGUUCUUUAAUCUCUUGAAGCUACAAAAUGUAGAAAGAUUAGAAGCUAUACAUAAGCUUUUUAUCGUCCUUUACACAAUUUUUAAAGAACAGAAUUGAAUGAAAUUUCGUUGAAACUGAAACACUGUUGAUACAAUUUUUCUUUCUAAGUAACUUCUGCAUGAACACUGAUUUAACGAAAGUUAAAAGUUGGUGGCAGGUUCUUAGAACUCUCUUGUGCCUUGAAUAGUUUGGAAUCGGCAGACAGCUAAAACUCUUUUUUUUUUUUCUUCAGUGUUGAUAUUAAACUUUGCUUGUCAUGUUAAUGCUAAUUUUCUUACAUUUGUCUUGUGUUGGCUGAGAAAUAUUUUUGUUUUGUAAGGUAAGAAUUUUCUAAAGAAGUUUUUUGUUGUCACUUUUUCCCUUAUGUGAUGAUGAUGAUGACCAAGAACAACUUGACAAUUUUUUUUUAACUAGAAAAAUAUAUCACAAAGUUGUGUUCUACUUUUUAGUUCACACUUGAUUUAAAAAGUGAACUUUAUCUAAGUUUCAAGUUAAAUGUUUGCUUUAUGAGUUUCAUUGCAGUUUUUUUCAAGACCAAAUCCAGAGUUUUUUUUUAACAGCCAUAAAAAAUGUAUCUAUUUUAUUACAUUUCCAGCUUAAAAAUAAAUUUGGUAUAUCAUUUUAUUAGCACUUAGCAAAUGUGUAUCAUUUAGUGAGAUUUUAGCAAAUUUGCGUAUUAAUUUAGUGAGAUCUUAGUAUAUGUGUGUUUCAUUUAGUGAGAUUUUAGCACAUGAGUAUCAUUUAGUAAGCUCUUAGCAAAUAUGUUCCUCUCUUAGCAAACAGGUAUGUAUCAUUUAGUGAGCUCUUUGCAAACAUACAUGUAAAUGUGCAAAAAAAAAAAAAUCAAUAAAUAUAAUCAAUAAAUAGUUGUACAUUCUUCCAAGUUUUGUACUUUCUAAAUGUAUUAGAUAGUGCAGUGUGAAGUUUCUGAAAGAAGCAACACUACAGAAAUAUUUCAUUCCAUAGGUUGUUAUAGUUCAGUCAUGCAUUGUUCUUGCAGUUGACAAGUCACAAACCACUGUACUACUUUCUUGUUUUUGAACAUCUUGGUAUUUCACACUGAACUAUUUUAUUGUAAUAAUGUUUAUCCAACCAAACUUACUGUGAUCUCAGCUUAUAUAGAUACAAAAAUUUUUUUAUAAGUCUGUGAAAAACUAAGAAAAUAGUUCAAUAGUCAUAGUUCUUACCAGCUUCUAUUCUGAAUUGCUUUUGUUUUUUUUUUCUCUUAAUUUUGAGAAAAUAAUUUAGAAGUUAGAAAAUUGUUUAGUUACAGCAUGUUUUUUUUUUUAUUUAAGCUUGACUGUUACCCUGUAACAUGAAAUGAUUUCUAUAGCAUCUGGUGUUAUCAGGUUUAAUUAUUCUAAAAGUACACUACUUUUGUAUUUGAUUGGUCAAAUCUUAUUAAACUACUGGAUAACAUGUUUUUAGAAAUAGUCUGGUAUUUCAGAGACAAUGCAACUAUUUUGAUACAUAUGGAACAUUUACUAGUUAUUUUAAGAAUUUUCCAGAAACUUGCUUGAACAUACCAAGUCUUUUGAUUUGAUUGUAUAGAUAUAUACAAUUUUUUUAAAGAUCUACCAUAUCAUAUUUAAAAUCAUUUCAAAUAUGCAACCUUGUAAGAAACACACAUCAUUAAAACAAAGAUGAUCAUGUUUAUGAGAUCUAACCAAAUUAAUAGGUUUCUUUUUAAAAGGUUUUACAAAUGCUUCAGAAUCAUGCUUCAAAUAUGAUUCCACAAUAUAUGAAUUUUGUGUUUAAAGUACACUAAACCUUGAAUUAAACAUCUUACAAAUCCUACAGAUAAUUUAGUUCAUAGUGCAUUCUCAUUUCAUAGUGUAAAGACAAAAUUUAGUUGUUUUUUUUGUGUUCAACUUUGUCUUAGAUAAAUGAGAUAUUUUGUAAAAAAACUAACUUAAGAUUAUUGCUGUUAGUUUUAUAUUAUAUGGUAAUCAUGUAAUGACUUAUUUAGUUUGUUGCAGUAUUUAUAUUAACCAUUAGAAUUUGUAUCUUCUGUAUGUGUGUAAAAUGAUGUAGUAUUCUGUUGCAAUAAAAAGAACAUGAAGCUGUUUCA